AGGCCUUUGGCCUGCUGUCGAAUGAGAGAUGAAAUGUCGGGAACCCAGGCUCAAGUCGUGCUUCUGUUGUGUGGAUCUGCGGGCUGGCUGCUUUUUCCUGGCACUUUUUGAAAUUUUCUCAUCGAUCUUGGGCUUCUUCGCGGGCGAAGAUGGUCGCCUGUUGGUUAUCGGCCGUGCUGCCUAUAUGCUGCAUUUCAUUGGGUCGAUUUUUCUUCUGAUGAGCAGUUUCAUGCAGAUCGAAGUGCUGGUCGUCAUCUAUUUGGGGACCAAUAUAGUCCAUCUAAUCUUUUGUACCGCCUUUAUAAUCGAUUACGCCUUGAUUUGCGGAUUCUGCACCCUGGAAAGCGUACCGGUUUUUUUCACCCUGAUUCUCAGCCUCUAUUUCUGGGUGGUGGCAUUCUCGUAUUGGCGACGCCUUCAAUGGGAACACAAUCCCGAAAACGACGACUGAAUCCAAGAAGGGGUAGCGUUAAUUCUGGAUCUUGAGUGUUUAUUCUCUGCGCUCGUGUUUAUUUUGGUCUGUGUACUUUUACGUUUUGGCCUUAAUUUCACACUAAUUUGUAAAUUUGCCUUUAAUGCCAAAGACAAAGAAGAAAACGAAAAGAGCAAAGUUCCGCAAAUUGUUUGUCCAGAGAAAUAUUUUGUAUUCGUUGCGGAGGAAGAAGCAAAUGAAUUGCAGGCAAUCAAAAUUGGAGGGAGGGGAAACUAUUUUCCAGCGUGCUUUUCCUUCUCCGAGGAACCCAAUCACUUCAUUCCCGGGCAAUUUUCAAUCACGUGCUAAGUGCUGCCAGACAGAAAAGAGUCGAUUUGUCUGCCCUGCCACGUUAGCAUGCAAUGCAAUGUCGAGAGGGGAAAAAUCA